AGGAUUUGUUAUUGUAAGAAAGAUACUUUGAUUGAUAUUGAAGACAAAUACGUUAAACUCCGAUCUUAUGAUGGAACACCAUAUUGUGUAUUAGGUGGUGAGACUUUAAUAUUUUUUGAAUCGAAUAGAUUUAACGAAUAUGGAAAAAAAAAAAGUGAUAUUUGUGAGGAUUUUAUGUAUUGUGCUAUGUGUCUUUACGAUUUUCACAGAGACGAUAUAUCUGAAUCUAAAGAAAAAUUAGAAAAAAUGCCAAAAACCAAACUAGGAUAUUAUGCUGUACGAAAAGGACAUAAAACAGGAAUAUAUUUAACUUGGGAUGAAUGCAAAGUGCAAGUUAAUAAAUUUCGCAAUGCUAUGUAUAAAAAAUUCCCUACUUGUACCAAAGCUCAAAAUUUUAUUGAAGAAAAACGUGAAGUUUCUGUAAUUUUAAAUGAUAGUAAAAUUCAAAUUUGGACAGAUGGAUCAUCAUUUAAUAAUGGUACAACAAGAGCUCAAGCAGAUAUUGGAAGCCUUGAAGUUUGUAAAAAUAAAACAAAACCUUUAGAAAUAAUGACAGAUAGUAAAUAUGUAAUUAAUAUAAUUGAAGAUUGGGUUGAAAAAUGGGAAAAAAAUGGAUAUAUGAGUUAUAAUAAUACACUGGUCAAAAAUCAAGAUUUAAUCAAAAGGUUAAAAAAACUUAUUGAUAAUAGAAUAGAUACUGUUCGAUUGAUUCAUAUUAGAGAUCAUUGGGGAAAUUAUAGUAAUGAACAAGCUAAUAGAUUAGCUAAACUUGGAUCAUUACAAGAAGCGAUAGAAGAAAAUUUUAAAUUAGAAACUUAUUCUAAACAUAUUACCAAUUAUUUUAACAAAAAAUAA